AUGCCAGCUACAAAACUCGAAUGGUCUGCCAUAGAUGGUGUUGAGCACCCAGUUUUAGGUCCUGCAUGGACCAGUAAUGGACAUGUCUUUACCUCUGGGAUCGUUGGGCAAAACUAUGCUACGGGUGAUAUCCCCGAGUCGCUUGAAGAUCAGUGUGAGCUAGCCAUUGAAAAUGUCAAGAAAGUUUUAGCAGCCUCGGGUUCCUCAUUGGACAAAGUCUUCAAAGUUAUGGCAUUCAUUUCACACGCGGAAUAUGCAAGUACGAUGAACAAGAUAUAUGGAAAGCACUUCCUUCAAAAACCUGCUAGAUCAUGUGUAAUUGCCGCCUUCAUGGAUGCAAGGAUUAAGUUUGAAUUAGAGGUCAUUGCUUCUCUAGAUUAA